AUAACCGACUAUACAAUGUCGGUAAACAUUUUUAAUUAUUUACAUACUUUUAGAUAGUUUCUAGAAUUUACAAGAGAUUUUAAUGUCUAGAUUUUUCUAACCCUAUAUGAUGGUGUCCUAUAUGAUGGUGUCAUGUAGAAAUUUGUAGAAAUUUGCAGCACUUUCUAACAAUUUCAAGAAACUUCUUUCUGGAUGUCCCAACCUCGUGGAAUUGUGUGCUCCAGUUUACUUUCAAAAUGGUGACUUCAACUACACUAGAGGGUAUAAAACCUUGCCCAAGUUGGAGAAAGCAUGUGUCAGUGCCAGUGCAUUGGAUGUUGCUUUUACUGUGAUUGAUAAUGUCCAGUUUCUACGCAUAGUGCAGAUGGAGCACAUGAAAAGUGGCACAAUUUUGCCCGUGUUUGUGUUUCGAAACUUAAUAAGCAUUGAGCUAUGCUUUGAUAACUACUUUUCAGUCUGGGAUGGAGUACUGGAAGUUCUCUCUUACUGUCCCAAGCUUCAAAAUCUUGCCAUAGAAAAGCCUGCUUUCAAGGGACUUUACAAAGAUGGGGUACUGGUAGAGCUCCCUUAUCGUCCCAUGCUUCAAACUCUUAUUGAUAUGCAAUUUCACAAAGAGAAGUGGGCAGAACUUGUUCCAGAAUGUGUUUCAUUACAUCUUACAACAUGCUCUAUUCGAAACUAUCGUGGCUGGGAUGAUGAUUUUAAAUUUGCUGAAUUUAUCUUGCAGAAUGUGAGCUUUUUACAAACGAUGACACUUCACAGUGCCCCUUCCAGAAAGGAAGAAAAGCAAUGGGUUUUCAAACACUUAUCCUGGUGUCCGAGGAUCUCUACCGCAUGUAAAAUAUUUUUGAAUGCAGAGAAAGUAAACCAACAAGAACAUGAAAAUCUAAUAAUUGCCCCUUGAGGUAUUCCUCAGCAGAACAGUUUCAAGUUCAACAAGAGCUUUAUCUUUCUGUACAUGUUCAAUUGGCUUUUGUUAGAGGAAAAGAAUAUUUUUUUUGAAAUGAUUCAGGAGUUCGUCUAAAGAAAUUGAUCUAGGAGAAAAAUAAAGAAUUUAAUUGGAGUUACAUUUUUAGUAUAUUUACUGCCUUUGUAAUUUCUGGAAGUAGUGGUUCAUGGUGGAGCUUAGUCAAAAUGAUAAGGUAAAAUGCUCUUAAAAAUUGACAUAUGUUUGCAUCAUAGUAGUAAUGCAGAGUAUAGUUAAAAUGUUAUCUUUUCCAUCUAUCUGGAUUAUGGGUGUAUGCCAUUUUCUAAUUAGUUUGAUUUGGAUAUAUAUAUUUGGUUUUGUUUCCUCUAAGAUUUGAAUGAAGAUUUAAUAUAGUGGCCUAAAACAUGGUUGCCCUGUAUCAUCAUACUCGCUCUGCCUAUUUAUUCUUCUAGAGGAACAUUAGAUUUCUAUAGCAUUCUCAAAGUUGGCAACAAAAAUAUACUCUUCUAGAGAACUAGCAAAUAUCUAUUAAACCAAAUAAACUACUUUCAUGCUGAAAUAUGAUCUAGUUGGGGUAUAUUGUUUGCCACUAUUUAAAUGGCCGAAUUAUGAACUCAUGAUAUGAUAUGUGCUUGAGAACUACUAAAAACAGUAUUUAACUUCUAUGCGAUUUUGGGUUCAUUUGGCUUGUUUAUGCUUGAUAAUUAUAGGCUAUAGCUCAAAUCCAUUCUUAUGAGAUUUAUAAAAGUUCUUAUGUGUUAUGGGAAUGGAUGAUUGUGAGUUCCUGAUUUUACCUUUGUAUACAUGACAUUAAUCUAAUCUAAUCUCUUCAGCCUUCUCCCCUAUAUAUAUUGCCUUUUCUGUAUAGAAAUGUGCAGCUAGCAAAGAAAAGAAUUUUCCUGUUGAGUGGAUUUGAUUAUCCUUUUUGUAUAUAGAGAUAUGAUUAUUCCUUUGUUGUUAUACACUAAUUUUGUUGACUGGUACAAGGUCUUCUUUUUAUUGGUUUAUGAAAGGUCUUUUUACACAUUUCUUUCCAAAAGGCUAAAGUAGAAAACCAAAUAAGUGUGAAAAUAAAGAGAAAGCAAUUAUUUAUGUUGUAAUUCACUACUUGCCAAACUGGAGAAGCUGAAAGGGAAAUAGAACAUUGAAAAAAUGAUGAAUGCAAUAUUGGUAAGUACUUUGACAUUUGAUAACUUAUGGUGAAAGGCUAUUUUAACUGCAUAUGUCUACUUUGAUUAGGAUUCCUCUAUAAGAAAACGAAAAAGACACCCUACGAAUUUUUGAAAGGCCCUGAUUGAAAUAUUUAAAAAUGUUGGGGCUGUGCUGUUUCAAAUUUGUAGGACUGGUAUUCCUCCUUCUCCACGAAGUUCCUUUUCUCAUCUUGGUCAUGACUUGGGAUUUGCUUUUGGUUGCUGAAUUAUUAUUCUGCCUCUGCUAGGCAUAUUUGUUUCUUCUACUACAGUGGCUGCAGUGGAUAACUGUUAUAAAAUCACACUUAUCUAGAAGUCUUUCAUCCAAGACGCGGCUGCAGUGGAUGUAUUCCCAUGGAGUCUGCUUUUACCAAUUGCGAAGAAUUUCCAUGGCUUAGACUGCAACAAUAAAGAAUGAAAUUGAGUAAUUUAAGUGGAACUAGCUGUGCUGGCUGUUGGUUCUUUUUGCUACCUGUGAACAUAAUGCUAUUGCGAAUGAUAUUCAAAAGUCACACGGCGACAAUAUCAUCUUUAACGGUUGAGUGAGUGAGUCUUGUGCAUGGAGCUUUUGGAAGUUUGGUCUUGUUUUGCACUUGUUGCAAGCAUUUUAUAUAUUUGCACAUGUUGAGUUUGCAGCGGUGUUCGUGGAAGUUGCAAUGUUGCACAGAAUACUCUCUUCUGCAUUGGGUCAUAGAUGCACCAUUAAUGAAAUAGAUCAACAUAGUUUAGAGGUCCAAGAUUGCUUCAAUUUUUUUGAAAGAGAUGCUUAAGAAGCCAGAGAAGACAAGGUUCCAGUGUUCUACUAAUCCAUCCCUUAUAAGAAUAGUGGGAGAAUGACUUGAAUGCUUUUAAGCUCACUAGUGUGUUAGCGGUUCUAUUCUAAAUGGCUAAAUUAUGAGAGCUAAAAGCCGCAUAUUUCAGUCAA